AUGGCGCCUUCAAAUGUAGAGGCCGGGCAAGCGGUCAACGAAGUCAACGAGGACCCGGAUGCAGAGAAACCCUUACUCCGAGGUCCAGACUCAGACUGGACCAUCAAGGCCUUUUGGAGUGUAGCAGUGAUCGUGGUCUCUGCUGCUCUGAUCAACUACAACAAGUACCUGAUGAACCCAUCCAGGUUUCCGUAUCCCAUGGUGCUUGUCUCCUUGCACAUGUUCUGCGGCUCAAUGCUGAGCAGUGGGCUGUACUUGGUGAUGCCCAGUCUCUUUCCUGCCCUGACGGAUCCAGACAAGAAGGUCGCAGUGAACGCGACCUUCCUGUUACAACGAGUGCUUCCUGUAGGCGUUGCUUUCGCAACAUCUUUGAUUUGCAGCAAUGUGGCUUAUGAGUACGCCAGCGUGCCAUUCCUCCAGAUGGUGAAACAAAGCAAUGUGAUUAUUGUCUUCCUCCUCUCGCUUCUCAUUGGCCUAGAAAAGUUCCGCAGCAACAUGGCCAUCGUUUUGCUCUGCAUCGUGAUCGCCACGGGCUUCACCGUGAACGGCGAGCUGCGCUUCUCCCUCCCAGGGUUGUUGGCGCAGCUCGCGGGGAACUUUGCGGAAUCCUGUCGUGUGGUGAUGCAAGGUGUGCUACUGACUGGAGCUGACAAAUUGGACCCGCUGUCAUUUGUGGCCGUGGUGUCUCCAAUUUGUGGUUUCUGCCUAGCAGGAUUGAUGGGUUCCUUCAAAUCCUUCAAUCAUUGGCAUCCGGUGGACUUCGCUGCCGUGCCAAGUCUUGAGACCUUGCAGCAGUGUCGCUUUCUCCUCGCUGGGAACGUGAUGGUGGCCUUCUCGUUGAACUUGAUCACGGCGAAUUACUUGAAGCAUGGCUCGCCCCUGGCACUGCUUCUGACGAAUCUGAUCAAGGAUGCCAUCAUCGUCAUCGCUGGAUGCGCUUUAUUCGCUGAUCCUAUCAGCUUGGAGCAGGGCUUCGGCUUCGUUGCGCAGCUGUUCUUCAUUUUCCUCUGGUCCAUCAUGAAGGUUUUCCCAGAAACCUUUCAACAGGAAGGCCUUUGGCAAGGCUUUCGCUGCAUAUUGCACGGCAAGGGUCGCCGCGUGAAGUGA